GUCUCUGUAUCAUAGUGGUAGGAUAUGCCUGCUAUAUGUUGGGGUUAUUUUGGCGGAUUGCUUAAGUACGAUUGUGUUACCAUCAUUUUUUCUUUUUCGGUGUGGCUUUACCUCUUCACAGUUAGCGGUUGCUAUUUGGCUGUCAAAUGAACCAGCACAGUAGAAAUAUCAAAGACUGCUUUCGAGUUAUCUCUACUCAGGGGCUGAUCAAGCUUCUGUUUUUGGAUAAAACUAUUUUAUCUAUCUCACAAAGACGAAAGUAGAGACUUGUCACCUUGUGAUCUUCGAGAAAACUGAUAUAUAUUUUUGAAGAUCUGGUGUGAGCUUGUUGGGCACGAGUUCAUUCUUUUUGUUUGUUACUUUUGGUUAACACGUCAGCGGUUUUACAGUAACUGGCACGAUGAAAACAUUUGCCAUAUAUCUUGACUCUGAAGAAAAACAAGGGUACAGCACAGGUGAUAUCGUUUCUGGUGUGGUGCUGUUUGAGAACCUUGAGACACUGUGGGUCAGAACACUGCUGUUAAAGGUCCACGGUCAGGCAUCUAUGAGCUGGGGUGGCUGUGGCCCUUCCGCAACUGCCCCAUUUCCUGUCUCUUCUGAUAGUACAUUCUCUGAAGAAGUGGAGUAUUACCAGCACCGACAAAUUCUUCUGAGUCCGCCUUACAAUGCAGGUGAAGAAAACCUAGUUGCGUUACAGCCUGGCAAGCACGAGUUUCCAUUUCGUUUUCAGCUUCCUCCAAGGACCUUGCCAUCGUCUUUUGUUGGAAAAUAUGGACGAAUUCAAUAUUGGAUUAAUGCCGUUUUGGAACGUUCGAACAAUAAGCAAACUGUUAAAAGGGAAUUGCCAGUUAUUAGCCAUAUUGAUGUUGGCUCUCCAGCUUUACUGUCUCCGGUGUCACGAAGCAAAGAACAAACAGUUGGUUGCUGGCUUCUUACAACUGGUCCCAUAUCACUAAGUGCUAAAAUUGAAAGAAGAGGAUAUUGCAAUGGUGAAGCGAUACCUAUAUAUGCUGAGAUAGAGAACUGCUCAUCCCGUCUGAUUGUCCCAAAAGCAGCAAUAUUCCAAGUGCAAACCUAUUUGGCCAAUGGAAAGACUAAGAUCUUUCGUCAAAUGAUCGCUAAUGUGAGGGGAAGCCAUAUUGCAUCAGGUCGCAGUGAUUCCUGGAAUGGGAAAAUGCUGAAAAUUCCACCCACUAUUCCAUCCAUUUUGGAUUGCAGUAUCAUUAAAGUUGAAUAUUUGUUAGCCGUGUAUGUUCACAUACCUGGUGCUAAGAAAUUGGUUGUAGAAUUACCACUAGUGAUGGGAACAAUUCCAUGCAAUGGCCUUGGCAGUAGGACAUCGAGUGCAUGCAGCCAUUUGAGUAUGGACAUGAGCUGGUUGGCGCAGACAUUGCCAGAGCACCCUGAAGCUCCACCAAACUAUGCAGACGUAGUGACUGAAGAAGAAUUUUCUAGCUAUUUGCCCUCUUGCCCACAGCCAGCUGUCUGGGGUCAACAGUUUGGUGGACAUAUUGUUGCAUAUAUACAAGAGUGCCGCUUUCAACCUCCACCUUUGUAUUCUGAGUCUGAUCUUUAUCCACCCAGUACAGAGGAGAGACGGCACGUUUCCUUCAUGAUUUGAAAAAUCGUAAAGGACCAUCCUUAAGCAACUGCAGCAUCAACCAAAGUGCAUUUAUGAGACACGCACACUGUUGUCCCUUUUCUCGGUGUUAAAUAGUGAAAAGGAGAUUUGCGGAAAUAUGUGGACUCCAAACAGAAUGACUGGUCUGUAGAGGGAGGCUUGUUCCAGCUCUGAAGUAGAUGCACACCCUGAAACAUUCCAAGAGCAUGCUAAUGGAAGAAUUUGGCUGUGUCUUGGACUUCACUCAAGUUCACUCCAUGCAUAAAACAUUUCUACUACAUUUUUUAUUUGAAUUAACUGUGAAUGUUGGCAUAUUUAGACAUUCGAGAAUUCCUGGGCACAAAAUGCUGAAAUUUGGAUGAUAAUGUUACAAUAAUGUCCAGACUGUACUAUUCCAUGGAUGUUGGAUGAUAAUGUUACAAUAAUGUCCAGACUGUACUAUUCCUUGGAUGCAGUUAUGGAGUCUUGAAGUAGUCCUUUUUUUCUCUCUUGUGCAAUUGGAUACCAAAUGAAAUGCUUUCUUAAACAGAAAGUGUUUUAGUUUGGUAUUAAACACACUAUAUUAAGCACUUUCCAGUAUUUAGGGAUGAGCGAAGCCAUUAUAAAUGGUGGUAUGCUAGUAUAGUUUUUUUUUUUUUUUUUUUUUUUUUUUUUUAGUGCAAUAUUAUGAACAAAGCGAGAAGCACUUGAUAGUAGCAACAGACUGAAUUAGUUUAAAUAGUUUCAGUUGAAUUUGAUUAAUAUAUAUUUUUUCCAAGGGAGAUGUUACCUAUUAGAUGGAGUAACAUGAUGAAAUUAGGUAGAUAACACAUGGGCAUGAAACACGUUUACCUACUUAAGUCAUUAUUAUUUCAGUCCGCUGAGUGCAGUUUCUUCUGAAGAACUGCCCCCUGAAAUUUCUAUAUAUUUAAAAAUUUAAAGUAUUCCUCUGUCCCCUUCCUUUCCUUAAACUUGAUGUUAUGUUCUAUUAGUCGUCGUCCCCUCCCCCCACAUCCAGGAGAUUUCUUAAGCAGGGUUUGUACCGUAAUCUGUAGGUUCAUGUCUGCGUACACGCAAGCACAGGUUGUCCAAAAUUUUGAACUGUAUUCAACAUUAUUUUUGUCAAUUGUGUAGGGACAGUUGGAAACUUGUCUUUGUACUGUUGAUGAUUAUCCUUGCACUACAUUAUCCACUUACCUUUCUUACUGCCUGUUGAUUGGGUACUUUUAGUCCAUUUAACUUGAAUACAGCAUAUUCUCAUUCCACUUGUCCUCUUGUUUUUUCUUUGUAAUUUGCAGUCUUUCAUGGAUCUUGUGUUUCAAUAUGGAUGCAUUUUUAACAGUAAAAGUAAAAUACUGUAUGCACCUGUUCAUUUGAUAAGGUUAGCGCUGUACUUUAGACCAUACUUGUGUUGCCAUGCCCUGUGGCAUCCUGUUUUCAUACCAUCUUUUUAGUCAUUGGGUUCUAAUUCUUCAUAUCUUUGAGAGCAUUUGAAAGCAUUUGAAACUCUCCUGAUCCUCCGCAUCAUCAUUUAUAUAGAGGUUUCCUCCCCACCCAUGACAUUCCGCUGGUAACUGAGUUUUCCACUGUAGACGCAGCUUACCAUUGCCCUGUGGACUUAACUUGUAGUUAGCUUUGUCCUGUCUUGUACCUUUACAGUAGGGCACUAUGUAGUCUAUAUUGCUUCAUGAAGCACAGCAUUCAGUCUUACUGAAGUGUGCAUAAGCUACCUUCAGAGCAUCUCUGUGGUCUGCUACUUUAGUUAGCCAUUUAAAUAACUUUGUAUUUGUGACUUGGCAUGAUUUGCCUGCUGCUGUUUUCCUCAGUGUCUUGCAGGUAAUUCCUCCAUGGGUCCCUGAUUUUACAUGUAGCUAAUGUCAGGGUAACUGGUCUACAGCUUCUUGUCUCCAUUUUGUUCAGUCCUGUAAUAAUUUGCAUAUUUUUAUUCUUCACAAUGAUGUGAUUUUUUUUGUUUAUUCUCAUAAGUGAGGUUGCCAGAGUUGACUUUAAGGCUUUUACAGAUAGUAGCUGAUCAGUUUCCUUUCCUGAUAACCCUAGCUUGGCACAAUUCUGAAAAUUCUCUUCUAUGCACAAAAGUACAAGUGCCACUUUACACAGUGUGCCCUGGGUGUGAGGGUGCAUUCAGCCCUUGUGCUCCCAGUUCUUAGUUCACACUAUUUAGAGCAUGAUCCUAAUGUACGGAGUUGUAAUGAUUUCCUGUUAAUUGCCAAAACUGAAGAAAUGUUCUAAAUGUUUAUGCAGUUACCAGAUCGCAAGUAGAGUUCCUUAUUAAAAGAAAGGCAGAGAGGUCCACUCAUUCCUUUGUCUUGCUUGCUAUAGAUGAGCUGUAUUUUUAAUUUUUGUGGCCCUUGCUUCAAGCCUCUCUCUGUGUACUGAUUCAUUUUUCCCCAGUGAUUGAUUGUGGCCAUGUUAUUGGUUGGGGCAAAAGUCAUUUAAGGUUGGCCAUCUUCAGUGGGUAGUUUGGAUGUGUUUUGGCCUCUCCACAGUCUCUGUUCUGGUCUAGUGUGCAAUGAUAUCUAAAGAAUAUUGUGUCUGUGGGUGAACUGUUGAGGCAUUCCUCUUAUUUUGUAGCAGGUUCAGAGCCCUGUUUUUGUGAUGUAGGUAUUUGAGUUAGCCAGUAAUCCUCAUCCUGCCCCAGGGUAGGUGAACUAGAAAAUGCCACUUAUUCUAACCAUUCCCACUAACUCCUUGGGGACAAAGUCUGCUGACUGAACCUUGGUCUCUUGGGUCGCACUCUGAGCUCAACUCUCUUGUUACCAUGGAGCCAUCUGUGGAUGGGCAUUAAUUUUAAUGCAAAGGUUGCAUUUUAGCAAGCUAUGCAUAUGCUUUAAAGACAGAAAGGCAUUCUCCAUUGACAGAAGCCUUGCAGGAGAGGGGUGUUUGUGUAUGUCCACUAGCUGGAUGAGUAGAUCCCUGUUAGCAUGUAUGGCUUCUUUCAUGUUUGCAGACCACGUUGGAGACAUUCUUCAUAAAUUUGCAUGAAUCUUGCCUUGAUCUGACAUAAGACAUUUCUCUAUUUGGAAUAGAAUUAGAGAACCUUCAGGGUCUAUCAUUUCUGUCAGUAGAAAGUACUGAGUCAUAGCCUUGGCAUUGUGAAUGAGGAUGCAGCAGAGGGUGCAGUUUCAGACUUGCUGCACCUCUUAGGCUUUGUGUUUGCCACAGAUGAUAUGGCUGCAUUUUCACACUUGAGGAAGCAGAUGGUGUGGAGCAUCGGCAGUUGUACAGUCAUGCCCUAACAGAUAUUUGGUGAUUGUGAUUUUUGUUUUGUCAUCCGGUUCGCAUGAUGCAGACAUUUCCAAUCUAUAUCUAGUUUGUUUUUUGUUUCUGCAGCAGAACCAGUCAAAGAUGCAUGUGUCUACAGUCAAAGAUGCAUGUGUCUAGUGGGUUAGGAAGUUCAUCUUGGCUCCUCAGUAGUUUAGUAGAAGUGCUACCUUCUCCGCCAGCCAUGAAGAAUGAUUGCUCACCCCAACACAUCUAGAUCUUUUUCGCAGUGUUCCUUGUUGUUAAAUUCUGCAAAGGAAAUUUACAUCAGUGCUCCUGCUGCAGUGUUGCCCAGGCAAACAGGUUAUGAUGUGUAUUUAAACAAGCAAGUUGCCAUGCGCUGCAUACCCCUUUUAUAGAUUCCUAGAUUACUAGGCUAAUGACCUGGGGGGUCCUUUUUAAUCCUAGCCAAGUUUUCCCAAAAGAAUAAUGGUAUCCUGUUUCCAAAUAAGACAUUGAGCACCAGGCAUGUAUAAGCUACCUCUCUCCAUAGGGGACGUGGGUGCCAGGCCUGGGGUAAAUUUCCUAUUCCCUAUCCAUUGGCAUCGGUUAUACAUAAAUUGGGUAAUAGACUGUCACCUUCAUGUGGAUGAAGCUGAGAAGCAUUGAAAAUUGUGGGAGUGGGUGUAGAGACAUUGUCUUAACAUCCAUGCCCAUCCUGGUGAAGAUAGUGUGCUAAUGUCAGACUGCAGUUUCAGUUUUGUCAAGGUCUUGAAAAUUUUUUUUCUUUUUGUCUUCUGUAGGUAGGACUUUUGCAUGCUUCCCAGAUGUAGUAUGACCUGAACAAUGACCUCGUUCAAACUCAUUGGAAAAUGUGCUCCAACCCAUGUUUUAAUUGGUUGUCACAGCAAGGAUGACCUAGUGACAUAAUGUAUAUACUCUUCUUUUUCAGGGAAUAUUUCCACCUUUCUUGUGAUUCUAAUUCUUGUAGAAUCAUUUGCAGAAAUACCAAGACUCCUUUCCAUCAAUUGGUGGCCAAGAGGAGUGUAAUUUCAGGUUCUUAGGUUUAGUAAUGGAAGAAAUCGGUCUCCAGUACAAGCCAAAAAAGUCCCAUUUCAGUUUGCGCAACAGCCUUCUCUUUCUGGGAUGGCUGCUUCAUUAGCUGUCCUACUUUUGCGUAAACCUCCAGUGGAAGUUUUUGAGGUGACAGUAAUUGCCAGAAAGCCCCUUUUCAACAGACUUUCCUUUGCCAAGUAGUAAGGGUUCUCUAAGCAGAAAUGAAGCUCUGCGCUGCUUAUGUUUAAAGUACCUCAGAGACCCGUUUUGACUUUGGUUUUAAUUAUUCCUUAGUCAUGUAUGUCCAUAUCAAUUUGUAUGGAUGUUUUCAGUCUCUGGUACUGUACCAUCUGGACAAGCAGUUCCGAAAAAGAGGGGGAGGGAGGAGGAAAUGAUCUUUGCUGGCCAUUAAAGACAACCAUUUGCGUCAUUGGAGCUUAAGCUGUGUGGGUCAGGCUUUCCCAGCCCUGUUUAACUGUUUUUCAAGCGGUUUUUCAUCUCUUGGAAGACCAUCCUUGUCUCCAUUGUAUUUGUUUUUCAGCUGCGAGCCCUGUAGUCACUGAUUUGCAGGAAUAUAAUUUGGUCUUUCACAAGGAUGUUGCAUCUGAUAUUUCUUCUGAAAGUGGUCUCAUAACGUCAUACACCUGACCCUGCUUUCCUCAUUUUGUUUGUCGGUGCGAAAUGUAGAAGAGAAAAGACUGUUUUGUAACACUGAAUGUGCAUUAGUACUCAUCAUGUUGUGAUUUAUCAUUGUUUGAGGUCUAACGCCACUGCCUUUUGAUAGAUGUUCUCUCUGUCUCGUUUUACUUUUACCUGAAAUGUUCUUUGUAAGAUUUGUAUGAUGUCAUGUAGUGGACAUUUCUUCACAGCAGCUGCCACCUGAGUUUUGAAAUUGUGUGCAUUUCCACAUCUGUUAGUAGUACUAGAUACAACAAUGAUUUUUUGUAACAAGUUACAUGUUCAGUCUGCUGUUUUGGUGUACUGAGAUUUACUCUGCUGUUAGAUAUUUUUUAUAGUACAGGUUUUAGGUCAUGUCUGAUAUGUUUGUGUCCUGUCCUCGGAGCAGAUUUUCUCUAUGGUAUGUCAUUGUAUGAAACUUUUUUUAUGUAGGUAAAAAAAAAAAACUUAAUUUACAAAGCCUUAAUGUCACAAGUGGUAAACUGAGGUGCACUAGUAUGCCUCUGUUUCACUACUUUGAGCUUGUAGUUAACAUCUUAAAGCCCUUGUAUCUGAAACAGUUGUAGAAACUUGCAUUAAUAUUCUUGUAGCGAGUUUUAUGUGACCAUGCUACUGUUAUCUGCAAAUAGCUCACUUAUGAUUGUGAAGAGGUCAUUGAUAGACAGAUGUAAUAGCCCACAGAUGAUGAGUUGCAACAUCAGUCUAACUACUGUGAUUCAUUGCCAUACCCACGUUUCCUCAUCAGAAGGGGGGGGGGAGUAGCCAUGUCAGGGUAGUGGCUGUAUUUUAUGUAGAGCCUGCAAUUAAGCUCUGGUACCCAGAGUACCUUUCAGGUGAACCUGAUGUCUUAACUGUUCAUUGGCUAUACUUUUUAUUAUAAGAUAGCCUUUUGUGAAGAAAGGGAGGAAGAAGAAAAUAACCCUUUCCUUCACUGUUGGUUGCACUUCUAGCUUUGGCAUUUAGCUGAUACAGCUGAUUAAGAUGUGAUUGUCAAUUGUAUGUCAGUAAAGGGAAUGGCAUCUCCGAUUUCUAAAAAGGAUUUACUUUAAUGGGUGAAUAACCAUAAAAGACUUGAUUCAGUUGUGAAGUUAUACAGUUGUUGAAGAGUGUUGCUGGACAGUGACUUUAGCAUAGUGGUUAAGGUGUUUACUUUACAGCCACAAAUUGCUAGGUUUAAUUUUCACAUGGGAUAAUUGGCUAGGCAGUUAGCCUAAUACUAAUAUGUGAGCCUAUGAACCUACCUGUAGAUAUGUGUAAUGUAGAAAAGCAAGCUCAGAUACUUGUUCCAAACAUAUCUCGAAAUAAGGGCAGUGAGCAGUGUGGAAAGGAAGUGUGCCAUAACUAAUAGAGUUGCAUGAGCAUCGAAGCGCUAGAAGAACUUUCUAAGUAGAGCCGUGGACAGUAGGAAUGUAGAGCUGCCUGGUUGUUCAUUUUAUUUAAUUCUACAAAAGAAUUAUACCAGCAGUUGUCAGGGGGUCUGGGAGUUACUCGUAUCCUGUAUGAGUUGUAGAGAAGUCAUUGGAGUUGUGGAUGUAAUACAAAGGAGUCCACAAAGGUUGGACAGUGGCAGCCAAAGCUUCCUAUUUUGGACUUUUCAGAAUGAUGAAUGUGAGGCAGAGGCUUGCUCGGUCAUUUCUUAAGGGUGGUGGUCCCAGUUAAUGUGAAAUUGGUAGUGUUUGCAUCUUGAAGAUAGUCAGGCAACAUAAAAGGAUAUACGGUAAAGUAUGUUAAGUAGCAGGCUAUAUAUUCAGAAAUAUUUGCUUCCAGAAGACAGGAGGUAAAUGAUGCCUCUCAGAUAUGUUUGAGAUUCCAUACAUACAUUGUCGAAAUGUAAGGGGAAAUAUGUUCAUAAUACUGAAGUGCCUUACAUAGACCAUAAAAAGUCAAAACUCACAAUGCUGAAAACCUCUGCACAGUUUCUGUUCAGGGGAGCAAGCCCCCGUUCACUCCCACACCCCCAACUAAUUAUGUACACCAACUCUGUUAUCAUACUACGGGGGAAGCCCCCCCAAAAUGUAAUUCUGUUUGGCAUUAUAUAUGUUAUAAAUUUUAAGGCAUGUCAUUAAAAGAGACAGAAUUGAGGACAUUUUGAAAUUCUGGGUAAUUUUGCCUAGAAACACUAUUCUUUUGCUGCUGUUAUGUUAUACUGAUCUGCAUCCCUUUUCUUGUUUUGGAAUGCUUGUUAGCUUAAAGAUGUGAGCAGCAGAUCAGUUGCUACAGUUGUAAUUUCCUUGCUAGUUUUUCAUAGUGAAUGAGGGAUUUAGACAGUUUGAAGCUGUUUAGAGCUUCUUGUAACUUUAUAAUUUGCCAUUUUGAAUUUCUCAUAAAAUAAGUAAAACAAUAACCAGUAUUGCCGAAAAAUAAUUGUGUUUUUUGGGAGGCAGGUACCCUUACCUAUAUACGGUCUCCACUGUCAUACAACUCUGGCAAAUCCAGGAAAGAAACAUGACUUCCCCACAUUUGCAAUAACCGAAUGCAAAAAAUGCAAAUUCAUAGCAAAGAAGCAAAGUACAAAACAACUAAAGUAGAAGAUGCACAUUUAAGCACUGUUCUUCACAGUGACGGUCUAGCUUCCCCACUGACUGACCCAAUGUUGACUCAUUUUUUUCCACAGGACUAUGAGUCAAGAUCAGAGAGUGGUGUCAUUGUCAUCUUCCUUGGGAUCAGGUUUUUUCUUCAAGUCUUAGUGUCCCCUGCCCUGGCUAUGACUGACCCUUUGUGCUUAUCCAAGAGUGUAUGUGUGUUCCGCAGGAUCAUGGUACUCCUCUUAAAACAACUAUGAGACGCUUCCUGCUGUGGUGGGAAGCUAGCAUCUGCCACUCCAUUUCCACCUUCCCUAUGUCUGCUUCUGUAGUGACUGAGCUGAUAGUUGAUUUUUGAUUGUCUAGAGUAAAUUUAGGGCAUCAUCCUCCUUUGUCACAGAACUGGCUAAUGUUAAAGUACAAAAAAUAGAUACAUGUGCACUUUAAGCCCAUAUACCAGUGGUGUGCAAACCUAGGACAUUCUGAUAAAACAGGAUCUUUUUAGUCCUGGUUUGCUUAAAUUGCUUUCUGCUAAAGUGACCUAGGUUGAACUGUGUGAUUCAUUUUACAUUUUUAUAAUAAUCAAGGUAACAGUGAAUGGUGUUGACUUCUUAAAAAAAUACAGUAAUCUGACUUUCUGGGGCUCUGCAGUUCUGUGAAAAGUUUGUCAGUCAAUGAAGUUGAUAGGGAUGAAAAUGUCAAAAUUUGACACACUGCUUGCAUGGUGAUGUGCAGUGCAUGUUUAUAUCUUUAGAAAUUGAGUAUAGCCUAGUUCUUAGGGAAGAGACGUUGCUGGCCACUGCUAAAAUUUGCUAGCCAUGGCAGAACACUUUCAUGAGGGAAUAUGAUGACUGUUGGUGAUCUGUGUGACAGUGUCAUGGGCACUUGAUCACAGACUUGAGAAUAGAAAAUUGGUCAGGCAGGCUGCAUAGUUAUUUGUGUGUGUGCAGGCUCAUUUCCAAUUUAAAAUGAAAUACGUUCUGAAAAGGAGAGGAGAGCGUGUUGUCUUCUCAAAGACUUUACUUCUAAGUGCAGAAGUAAAGACAAAUGCAGUUAUACCAAAUAUCGCUAGUUUUGUUUAAGUUGUGUAGUAUAACACUUGGAUGUUUGUGAUGAAGGUACUUUACUUUGCUAAAGAUUUUGAAGACCUGGAUAUGGGGCAGCCAGAAGUUGGUGCACUGUAAUUGCAUUGUCUUCAGUGCAGUGGAAAGCGAGAAGAAGGGAACAUGAUGUUUGUUUCUCCACAGUUGUUCAACUGUUUUUGAUCUUUACAAGUAAGGGAGUCUAAGGGGCCAAGCCUACCACAUGAGGGGGUGCAAUGGGGCUUACCAUAUACAAAAAGCUGGUAAAAAAAAUGUUUCUCCAGUAUCUUUGUUACCUUUUUGAUGUUAGCAGGUCCAAGGUUUGUGCAUCGCAUAUUGUCAUAGAUUGUGGGAGAAGAGUGUUGAAAACGCAUGAAAGAAUAGGGCCGAGUUUGUAUUACAGAUGUAUGGCUCCAGUGUUUUUCUUUGGGAGGAAUCCAUGAGGAGGCUUGAAGAAAAUGGGAGUUGUAGAGAGAAUUUACAUACUGGUUCAUGAAUGUUUUAACCUUUAACCCGUGAAACGUCAAACCUCUAGGGGUUCGUACACCCUGCUAAUAACCAUAGCUACUUAACAUACUUUAGUACAAAUUGCAAGUUAGCAUGCUUCCUUUUUAAAGUAAGGUCAUCUUUGAGCAUCUCAGUUUAUGUAGCACUUAUUACAUUUCAUAUUCUAGUAGUACAAGUUCAUGGAGGCCUCAAAAUGUUUGCGUAUUUUGUGUAAUGAUCACACUUAGUCAUUUGCAUUUUUGCUGAACUCCCAUCUUGUUGCAUACAUAGUUACAUACAUAGGUUAGUACUAAGCUAACUGCCCUUGCGAGCCAUUUUAAGCCUAGCCAAUUAUUCCUUGUGAUACUCAAACGCUGCACCUUGUAUUUGUAAGGCAAACACCUUAACCAUUAGGCCACCCUCCCAACAGCUUUAAGCUGAUGUUCACUAGCUGGGAUUUGUAGAGAUUCUCUCCACCUUUGCUAAUUGACCAAUGAUGGUUGGUCAGUUGAGGUGACUGAAAGAAUCUCCCAAUUCAGAGACAUGGUAAAGCGAUUCAAAGAAACACUUCAUAGUAGCUCAAUGCCAUGUCUUUGAAUCUAACAUAGUGCUGUCAGACCUGAACUCCUUACUAGCCCUCCUGUAGCAUUAACAUUGGCAGCCAACUGCAGGCAGAUGUAAAUACACAUGGUGCUGCUUCACUUAUUUGUAUUGAGAACCACCAUAGGCAUUAGUAUGUGAACAUCAUCAAAAGAUAGUGUUUUCUUUUUAUUCUACUGAAAAACUAACUUGCCACAGUGAUUCUCUGAAUCGCUGUGCUGAGUUAAUUGGGAAUUAUAGUGAUUUCCAUGGGAGAGUGCAUAGUUGGCUAACAUUGGCUGCUCCCUUGGAAUGCUGCAGUAGCAUGCGGCUUCCCCAGCAAGACCACAUUCUUUGCUGUGGCCUCCACAGUUGGGAAAAAUGUAGAAGUAGAGCAGUCUAAAUUUGAAAGGAUUCUCACAGUGUAGAAGCCUUCCAAGAUGAGGCUUUUGCAUUGUAGUAAGCCUUUCUGGAUCCCUGGGAAUGUGCAACUGUUAGAAAAGUUUGUCAUUUAGUACUACUCCUUUGACUGAUAAGCCUCUUAAGUGAAUCAUCAGGAUGAUGUGUUUUGCAGUAUAAAUAAAGUUGCAUCAUAAUUUCAGGAGUUGUUUACUUUCUGAGUCGCACCUUUUUUUCAUCUGAUCCUACCUAUGCAUGAUGUAUUUCGCACAGACUUGUUUACGGAAAGUUGGUUAUGUAGUUCUACAAUUUGUGCCAACUACUGAUGUCUGUUUCUUUCUCUUUCUCGUUCACAAAGUGCAGUUUUUGCAUUUUCAUGCCUGUAAUAAUUUGCACUUUUUUUUACAAUGGGGCCUUACUGU